UUUGUGCAUUUUAAUACCACUGUGCGUCUGCGUCAAUGCCCACACGGAAUUGAAAUGGCGGAGACUGCGGACGGAAUGGAGAUUUCUCAGGGGGAGAGCUCGGCCAAGCCUGCAGCAGAAGACAUGACUUCUAAGGACUAUUACUUUGACUCAUAUGCCCACUUCGGUAUCCACGAGGAGAUGCUGAAAGAUGAGGUGCGCACCCUGACCUACCGGAACUCCAUGUUCCACAACAAGCACCUGUUCAAGGACAAGGUAGUGUUGGAUGUGGGCAGUGGGACUGGCAUCCUCUGCAUGUUCGCAGCUAAAGCUGGGGCCAAGAAAGUCAUAGGAAUUGAGUGCAGCAGUAUCUCUGACUACGCUGUGAAGAUUGUCAAGGCCAACAAAAUGGACCACAUUGUGACCAUCAUCAAGGGGAAGGUGGAGGAGGUGGACCUCCCUGUAGAGGGAGUGGACAUCAUCAUCUCAGAGUGGAUGGGCUACUGCCUCUUCUACGAGUCCAUGCUGAACACUGUCAUCUACGCCAGGGACAAGUGGCUGAAACCAGAGGGACUGAUUUUCCCAGACAGGGCUACCCUGUACGUCACAGCCAUUGAGGACAGGCAGUACAAGGACUAUAAAAUCCACUGUGAGAAUUCCUCUAAAUUUUGGGGGUGGGAGAACGUGUACGGCUUUGAUAUGUCCUGCAUCAAGGAGGUGGCCAUCAAGGAGCCCCUGGUGGACGUGGUGGACCCCAAACAGCUGGUCAGCAGCGCCUGCCUCAUCAAAGAGGUGGACAUCUACACGGUGAAGAUCGACGACCUGUCCUUCACCUCGCCCUUCUGCCUGCAGGUGAAGAGGAAUGACUACAUCCACGCCCUCGUCACCUACUUCAACAUCGAGUUCACGCGCUGUCACAAGAGGACAGGCUUCUCCACCAGUCCAGAGUCCCCCUACACCCACUGGAAGCAGACGGUAUUCUACCUGGACGACUAUCUGACUGUGAAGACUGGAGAGGAGAUUUUCGGGAACAUCAACAUGAAGCCCAAUGUCAAAAACAACAGAGACCUGGACUUCACCGUUGACAUAGACUUCAAGGGUCAGCUCUGUGAGGUGUCCAAGACCUCAGAGUACAGAAUGCGUUAGGUGCCCCCUUCUCCCAUACCCCAUUGUGUGUUUGUGAAAGGGGGAGUGCUGAAGGAAGAUCAGGGGUCAGUGUGUCUGUAUGAUCACUUAAUUCUCAUCCUCCAGAACUUGACUGGUACUCCUAAGCAAUGU